GUGAUCGACUGGAGGGAGGCUUCGUUCUGUCAACUGACGGCUUGCUGUCUCUUUCCCUCAAGACGUCGGAAGGCCAACAAUGUGUACCAGUGUCCAGCCCAUCGAGUGGACCACUGACUGUAAGAGCCAGAAUUAUGAUGGAAUAGUCUUGGUGACCCAGAGUUAUGACACGCUGCCCAAGGAGCUGGAAUGUCUGAAAGCACCUCUGCUGGACUACAGCUCUGUGGACUGUGGUCUGGGAGAUGAGGUGGUGGUGUUGAAGGUUCCGGGGUUACCUGGUAACCGCUUGGUGUUUGCGUCCACUGGGCCCGUUAACCGGGACUACGAUGACAUCAGACGCUUCAGUGACGCAGCCGUUAAUGGCAUCAAGAGGGCCAUGAAAGCAGGCAUGCAGCGCCCCCUUCUGGUCUGUCCUCGCCAUAGCAGCUAUGACAGGAGCACCCUGGUGGCUGCCCUAGGGGCCCUGCACGCCCUCUACAUGCCUCUGGAAGUGAGGGAGGCAUCUGUGAAGCCUAGCCAGUAUAAGGUGUGUGUUCUGGGGCUGUGGGUGGACCAGGAGGCCAAGGGGAAGGAGUUGGUGGAUCUGGCCUCUGCUCUUGAGAGUGGACGGCUGGCUUGCCGUGACAUAGGAGGGUCCGAUCCUGAGAGGAUGGCUGCUCCUUUUGUAGCUGACUACGUCCAGGCCCUCUUUAAGGACAGCCCAGUGCAGGUAGAUGUGGUGAGUGAUCUGAAGGUGCUGGAGAAGGAGUACCCUUGCCUCGCUGCUGUCAACCGCUGUGCCAAUGCCGUGCCUCGUCACCAGGCCAGAGUGAUCAAGCUGCAGUACUGUGGAGAAGGACCAGUCCAACACACACUGAUGCUGGUCGGCAAGGGCAUCACCUAUGACACUGGUGGAGCUGACAUCAAGGCUGGUGGCAUCAUGGCUGGCAUGCACAGAGACAAGUGUGGUGCUGCUGCCGUGGCUGGGUUCUUCCAGGUCCUGGCCAAACUCAAGCCCAAGCAUCUGAAGGUGGUGGGUGCCAUGGCGAUGGUGAGGAACAGCGUGGGCUCAGACUGCUACGUAGCUGAUGAGUUGGUGGUGUCCCGUGCGGGUCGCAGGGUUCGUGUGGGGAACACGGAUGCUGAGGGACGCAUGGUGAUGGUCGACCUGCUCUGUGAAAUGAAGGAGAAGGCGGUACAUGAGGUGUCUCCUCAGCUGUUUACCAUCGCCACUCUGACAGGACACGCCAUCAGAGCCAUGGGACCCAACUACUCUAUCAUCAUGGACAACGGAGCUGCCCAACGCUCUGGCAAUGCCCGGCAGUGGCAGGAAGCGGGGGAGGUGCUGGGUGAUCUGUUUGAGGUGUCCAGUAUCAGGCGUGAGGACUAUGACUUCCAUAAGGGGAAGUCUGAGUACGAGGAGAUUCUGCAGAGCAACAACCUGCCAUCCUCUGCUACUCCCCGCGGACAUCAGACCCCCGCUGCCUUCCUCAUCAUGGCCUCUGGGCUGGACAAGUACGGUGUGGACUCGGGCAGUCCUCUGCCAUACUCCCACAUCGACAUCGCUGGCUCCAGCGGCCCCUUCCCCGGUGUGCCCACCGGAGCUCCAGUCCUUGCCAUGGCUACCAACUACAUCCUGCCCAGCGCCUAGCAACCCAACUACACCCUGCCCAGUGCUUAGCAACCUCAUGAUAGAAAUAGAAUGUGUAGAAUGUACCCUAUUCUGUCUUAUGAGUUAUAUCACAUAGAACCGUCCUAAUAUGGUAAUGCCAGUCAAGUUUCAUAUAUUACACAAAGAAUUCAAGAACACAGAUAUCCAUCAAUGGUGUGAUAUCGACAGUUCAUUUAGAACAUUCCAAUACCUCUCCAAGAGCUCAGAUUGUUGUUCUAUAGAUUCUAUUUCUAAGAUCCUGCUACUGUAUAUCCAUACAAACUCAAGUGUCCCAAAUGUUUUACUCCCAUGUCUAACAUGAGUCAUUGUAUUGAAUACACUCUCAGGGGAGAAAUGACAAACGCUCCGUGUUGUUCAUCCAUCCAUUUUAUAUAUGUGUGAAACUUGAGGUGAGUGGCAAGUCAAAUGGUUGUGUGCUUCAGUAAAAUAAUAGAUUUUCAAUGAUUAUUUGUUUACUUAUUUCAAUAACCAAUGUUAACAACUGUAGAUCCAGGAAUUGUGGAAUGGCAGGUAUAGGUUAGAGGUAGGCCAGCAAUAAUAUUGAAGUAUAUUGGGGGAAAUCGAGAAGUCCCCUCAUUUUUAUCCAAUUGUAUGCUGAAUAUGCAAGCUAUCAUUUAUCUUCAUUCAAAUAUAUUACAUUUGUCAUGAUG